AUUUUAUCAUUACAAACGCGUGUUGCGGGCACGCUAUAUACUUUUUUCCCCAGUUUCUCCCACUGCCAAUAGUGAAACUAGUAAUUUGAAGCUAAACAUUGCAUUUGCAAAACAAUUAAGUGACCAACAUCAAAGUUUAAAAUGUGCUAAUGCAAUAAUUUUAUCCGUUACAUAUUUGAUAAACAAGAUACCAAGUACUGAAGUCCCGUGAUAAACAUGUGCGAAACAAUUUUUUUCCGGCAAUGUUUAUGUUAUUUACCACGAUCUCUACGCACUGACUCACUUUGUAAAGAAAUGUAAUUAUUUCGCAUUAUCGUAGCACCGCUUCGUCACGGUGCUGUUGGUCGCAAACAUUGCACGCCAUCCAAGAAACCACGCCCGAUGUCUUUCUGGCUACAGCCGAAGCGAUACAGGCGCCGAAUAGUUGGUGGAUUGCUGUUUGCGGCGAGUGUUAUUUACGUCGUGUACAGCUGCAUCCCGAAUACACCGAUACACAACUGCUUCCAGAUUGUCCAUGGCGCUGGUAACGAUCUCGUCGACGACGAUAGGCUGCUGAACGAUGUGCAACAAUCCGUACCGCAACCGACGGACGACGGGCGUAAUGUGUUCUUUCAUGAAACGUCCUGCUCCAAGGACGGUAUCGUUAGGCUAAACGCUCGCCAAGCAUGUGCCGUCGAAUCGGCUGCCCGUGCCAAUCCGGACUGGAACAUUUACGUGCUGUUUGCCGCACCGGUUGGAUUUCGAAACCAAACGGCACAACCCAUACUGGAUGCGUUGCUCGAUUACCGGAACGUACAUCUGCGCUUCGUAAACCUAACGACGUACGCCAACGAAACGCCACUGGAAGAGUGGAUGGAGAGUGGGGAAAUAUUUCGCUCGCUGUACAUGAACUCACAUCUGUCCGAUGUAAUGCGCUAUCUGACCCUGUACAAGUACGGUGGAACGUACCUUGAUCUGGACGUAAUCGUGCAGAAAUCGUUCGAAAAACUCGAACCAAACUAUGCUGGUGCCGAAUCGGUCCGGUGGGUUGCGGCCGGUGUGAUGAACUUUGACCCGAAAGGGCACGGUCACGAGCUGGCGGAUAUGUGCGUUAGAGAUCUGCUGGCCAACUUCAAUGGUAAGGAUUGGGGAAACAAUGGUCCCGGGGUAGUAACGCGCGUACUGCAAAAGUACUGCCACACUCGCACGACAGUACACAUGACACGGGAACGAUGUCGCCAUUUUACCGUGUACCCAAUUAAAACCUUCUACGCGAUCGGGUACGAAGAUUACAGGCAAUUUUUCGAAGAGCAAUAUCUUGAACAAGCGCUCGCGACACUCAACCAAUCGAUCGUGGUGCACGUGUGGAACAAGUUUAGUAAGACUCAUCCGGUGCAAGUUGGUUCACGAGUGGCAUAUGGUGUGCUUGCCGAGAAACACUGUCCAAAGGUGUAUGCCUCUUGUGGGACCGUUUUUAAAGCGAUACAUCGAUCUUUUCACAAUCGUACACCACUUACAAUCAGCUGCCGAAAAACUUUGACCACCAGUGAAAUGAUUUCCAACGCCUUGUUCCGUUUGCUCCGGUAUGCCAUCUGUGCUUUUCUGAUAUUUCUACUCUUUCGCUUCGUUCGCCACAUUGUACCUAAACAAUCGUACAAUCCCGCCGAAAUGAUUAAAGACGAUCCGGGCUUUCUACAAUCGUACGACACAGACGACGAACUACGCCAGUAUAGUAGCAUUUACUUCAUCGAAACUUCCGCUCCGUUCAAGCGUGUCGUUACAAUCGAACCACGGCAAGCGUGUGCGAUAGAAUCGGCAGCCCGUGCUAAUCCACGCAAGAAAGUGAUCGUUCUGUUUGCCUCGUGGACCGAAAUAACCGAUCCCGGACGGUUACGAUUUCCCGAUCUGCCAACACUCGCUCACCUACGGAACGUUCACUUUCGUUGGCUGAAUUUGGAACAGUUUGCCCAAGGUACACCGGUGGAGCAAGUGAUUAAAUCGGACAAACUCUACCAACGAUCAAAUGGUGCCGAAUAUCUGUCCGAAAUAUUGCGCCUAGUGCUGCUGUACAAAUACGGUGGCAUCUAUCUAGAUCUCGAUGUGGUGACACUGAAACUGCUCGAUUUUUACAAUCCGAACUUUUUCGGUGCAGAAACACCGCAGCUCGUCGGUUCAUCGGUGAUAGGACUGGAACGGCGCGGUUACGGGCAAACGUUUGCAGAAAAAUGUCUCAAUAAUUUUAAAUACUUUGACAACCAAGACACUGUGCGCAACGGGUCGUUUCUGCUCACCUACCAGAUAGUGCAAGAAUGCGAAAAACCCACCCUGGAGGAGGUCGUUAACGGUGGUUGCGGUGGAUUGUUGGAGGUGUUCACGCAAAACUUCUUCCAUCCGUUCGACGAAACGAACGUGAACAUAAUGUUUGAUUCGGGACAGCUGGACGAGGCCAAGCGUAGAAUUUCUAAAGCGAUGAUCAUUCACAUGCUCCAUAGUACCAGCCGAACGAUGCGGAUCGAGGGCAAAACGACGGGCUAUCAAAUGAUUGCACAAACCUAUUGUCCCAGCGUGUACGAAGAAAAUACUGACGCUUUUUAGUGUUUUAAAACCUGUAAUAGUUUAGAAAUAUAGUUUUGAAUCCUAUUUGCAACCAACAACAUCAGUAGUAUAAUCUAAGGGAUGUGCAAAGUGAGUAAGAGUGAGCUAGUGAGUUGAAACGUUGUAUUGAACGAGUUUCGUUCACUCAUCACGAGAAGUUUUAGCGACUCCUUUUUCCACUUACUCUCUCAUGAGUGUAAGCAUGUAGCCCGUGGUGUGUCGAGUUGCAAAAGGAGCAAAUAGCUGAGUUGAAACGAAA